CACACACACACACACACACACACACACACACACACACCAGCGGCAGCGCGCCACCCUCCGUCUGUGCGUAAAGGGGUUUGGCACAAAACUGCGCACCGCGUAAACAAAAGCACAUUGUCGGUGACUCCAGCAGCCAGUCUGCGGGCAGACAGUGGAGGAAGAAGCCGAAAAUUGAUUGGAAAUGGGAUUAUUAUCAAUCGUUUUGCUCUAGAUAGGAGUUUGAGGUAUUUUAAAUUCUACAGUAGAUGAAUUUGGUGAAUAAAUGUGAAGGUAAAGCUGGCCAACCUUCUGCGGGCAAACAGGCAAAUUCAAGAGGAGAACACCCCUUUGAAACUGAAAGUGAGCAUGCCGUGCGUCCAGACCCAGUGCGCCUCCUCUCCACCUGGCGCCAGCGCCGCCGGAGAGCGCAGCUGCGACUUCCUCACCCCGGAGUUCGUCAAGUUCAGCAUGGAUCUAACGAACAGCGAGGUGUCCGCGGCCGGGCCCGGCUUCGCUCCCCUGCCGGACGCUUACGGCGCGGGGUUCGACGUGAAGCCGCCCUGUCUCUUCCAGAUGCAGGUCCAGGGGGAGCUGCCGUGCGUCAAGGUGGAGGACGGGUGUCCGGCGCGGUACCCGCCGUCGGAUGAGCUGAUCUCCCCUCCCUCGGUGUAUUACCCCCCGCACGGUUCCAUCACGAACUUCCAGCCUCCCCCGGGACACCUCUGGGACGAACCCGGAUCUUUGUACGGUCUCCGGCAGGACUAUCUGGCCGCGGCGCACCGCAAGAACGCGCUCUCCAGGUUUUCGCUCUUCUCUCUGAAACAAGCUGCUCAGCACGGCGCUCAGACUCUGUCCACCUGCCAGAUGAAGCUGGACGGAUCUCUCCACGUGUCCGUGAACCUGGACGCGCGCCACCACCACCACAACCAUCACCAGCAGCUAGACCAGCCCGGGGUGGGCUUAAUUCGUCGGCCCUUCCACCUUGCGCACGGUGCGCACUUCAUGGAGACGUGCUCAGGCCGGGGGUCGCUGAGCGCGGAGGGGCUGUGCGCGGUGUGCGGGGACAACGCAGCCUGCCAGCACUACGGUGUGCGCACGUGCGAGGGCUGCAAGGGUUUCUUCAAGCGCACCGUUCAAAAAAAUGCCAAGUACGUGUGUUUGGCUGCGAAAAGUUGCCUCGUAGACAAGCGCAGGAGGAACCGGUGUCAGUACUGUCGCUUCCAGAAGUGUCUGGCUGUGGGAAUGGUCAAAGAAGUGGUGAGGACAGACGGACUGAAAGGUAGAAGGGGUCGUCUGCCGUCCAAACCCAGAGCUCCUCCAGAUUCGGUUCUGCAUGGCAGCGCCCUCCUCAGUGCCAUCAUCAGAGCUCACGUGGAGUCAAACCCCUCAACAUCUCGCCUCGACUACUCCAAAUUCAAAGAGAGUCCAGGAAGUCUUCUUGGAGACGAUGCUCAACAUGUCCGUCAGUUUUACGACCUCCUGACCAGAUCCAUGGAAGUCAUUCGAGGUUGGGCACAGAGAGUCCCUGGGUUCGCCUCUCUACCUAAACACGACCAAGACCUCCUCUUCUACUCCGCUUUCCUGGAGCUUUUUGUUUUACGGCUGUCGUACAGAUCAAACCCGGAGGAAGGAAAGCUGAUCUUCUGCGAUGGCUCGGUGUGGCAUCGGCUGCAGUGCCUGCGGGGCUUCGGGGAGUGGAUCGACAGCAUUGUUGAGUUCUCCUCCAACCUGCAAAGGAUGAACCUGGAUGUUUCCACCUUCUCCUGCAUAUGCACCCUAGCACUGGUCACUGAGCGCCAUGGGCUGAAGGAGCCGAAGCGCGUGGAGGAGCUGCAGAAUAAUGUGGUCAGGUGUUUGAAGGAUGGCGGGAGCUCGCAGGGAGGAGGCUCGACCCGCUGGAACAACCACCUGUCCAGACUCUUGGAGAAGCUUCCAGAACUCAGGACUUUGUGCAUCCAGGGCCUGCAGAGGAUCUUCUACCUGAAACUGGAAGACCUGGUGCCGCCGCCCGCAGCUAUAGAUAAGUUAUUCCUGGACACGUUGCCAUUUUAAGGGACGUUUUUCUGUUUCCCUACCGGUGGAGGUGUUUGACCUCUUUUGUUUGGGACUCAUCAGUGAUUCCUGACAGUUUGAGCUCCGUGAGGCGAAUAAAUAACAGGAUAAAGAUUCUACUGACUGAAAGUGUAUGGAAGCACAUUUUUGCCACAUUUUAAAAAAAUCACUGCUUGUAGGUCCUGAUUAUAAAAUUAAAAGUCAUUACCUUGAAUUUAUUAUUUAUUUUGGCUUUUAAUUGUGAGUUCUAAUGUCACUGUUAGGAUUUUUAAAUUCAAUAUUGUGAAGUUUUAAUGUUAUAAGUUUUAAUGUCAUAAAUACAUUUAACUAAGUUAAAAUAAAUUUAACUGAUUAAAGUCAUCAUUGAGUUUUACAGUCAUUAAUGAGUUUUAAAGUCUUAAUUGUUAGUUUUAAAGUCACUAAUACGAGUUUAAUGCCAUAAUUAAGUUUUAAUGUUAUUAUUAUAAGUCCACAAAUAUGAGUUAGAAAAACGUUUACAUGGGUUUUAAAGUCAUUAAUUAGAAUUCUGGGUUUUAAUGUCAUAUUUAUGAGUUUUAAAGUUUCAAAAAUUAGUUUCAAAAUCCUAUUUGAGAAUCAAGGUAUUUAUGGCUUUAAAUGUCAUCAUAACUUUGAAACUCGAUAUGAUGUAUUUUAAAAAUCAUGACUUUGUAUUUUACAAUAAUGAGGUAACGUCACAAUGUCAUUUUAAGUCAUAUUAUGAGAAAUUGUCAUUGUCCAACCCAUUCUCACUCCCAACUCG